UCCAGCAGGUUAAAGUCGCUCCUUUGUUUAGGAAUGGAGCUCUCUGCUGUCGCGCUCUGAUGACGUCAGGUUACCCUGGAAACAAAGCGCGUCGCCUCUGCCUCUGAGCUAGGUGUUAGCUGCGGGCUAACUCUGUAGGAAGCGUGAUGUUUGGAGCUUAACUGUGUGUUUUUUCUUAAUAAAUGAGGCAUUAAAUGGCGGCGGAGAUGAUUUAAAGCGACGCUUCAUGUCAGAGAAUCGAAACUAUUUUUAUUUAGUGAGGAACUUGGUGUGAAAGUGGAGCGCUGCUAAAGCUAACAGGUGUUUCAGAGACACAUGUGACCCUUCAGGAAGCUGCUUGUUCUGCUUUGGGCAGCUCCAUCUGAGGUCUGGUGUGAUGGAGGAUGAAGAAGCUGUGACGUCAGAGCUGAAGAUGCAGUUAGAGAAUGAAGCUCUGAGCACAGAGGAGAAGAUCAGCCUCCUGAUCGAUGCUUUAAACAAGGUUCUGAACUCUGCAGCCCUGCAGAAACCCAGCAGAGCUUUGGCUGGAGCCAAGGCUCGCUUAUAUGACAGCGGGGUGCUGAGUCACUGCGUCCAGGUCCUCUCUCUGGGUCCCAGCAGGCUGAGGGGGAGCUGGACGGCUGCUGCCAGGCUGGCCCACCUCACCAGCUCCAGCUGUGUGGGGGCGGAGCCAGGCAGCCGAUCCGAGACGUUCCAUAGGCUGUUCCUGCCAUCAGUCAUGGACGCCCUGCUGUCGUUGGCCGGUCAGCUGAUGAGUUUAUCGCAGAGUUCGUCUCUCUUCAGGAAGGUGAUGGAUUCCGUCAGCUGGCUUCUCUCGGCUCACCCCCACCUCACCCCUCAGGUCCUAAGCUCCGCCCACUAUGAGCAGAUCCAGAUGAGUGAUGAUGUCAGCGUGUGUCUGCUCUGCAUCCAGAUGUGGAUUCACUCCUGUACAGCCAACAGGUAUCAGGAGGUGAGCAGCGAGCGCGUGCGGGCAGCGUGUGCGAUCCAGGCCGCCUGGCGUUCCUAUCAGACCCGCCGCAGAGUGAAGAACCUGAGCAGAGCCGUCAGCGCGCUGCAGAGGAGAUACAGGGCGCGGAGGAGGCUUCAGCAGGAGCAGAAGGAGGCCCAGCAGUGGGAGGAGCAGCUCAGGUAUCAGGUGUGUGUGAGGAGGCAGCAGGCGAGGAGACGCUUCCAUCAGAAGCAGAGGGAGCUGCUGCAGCGUCUUCCUCCUGACCAGGUGCAACCGUACCUGCAGGAGUGUGAACGCAGAGCUGCUGUGGUGAUCCAGAGCUUCUGGAGAGGCUUCAGAGAGAGAAGGCGCUACGCCGACUGUCUGAGAGAUGCUCUGAGAGAGUCGCAGAGGCAGCGGCGCGCCGCCAGGACUCUGCAGAGAGCCGGGCGUCGAUUCCUGGAGAAACGGCGAGCAGCCAAAGCCCCGCCCAUCGCCCCUCUCUGGAUUGGCCAGGAAGGUCUGACUGACAGCCGGCGGGCGGAGUUAAAACAGCAGCUGGACGAGUACAUCGCGGUGCACAGGUCAACAGGCCUGUCUGCAGAGGAAGGCGCCGCGCUGCAUGCGGAGGUUCAGCUGCUCCUGCAGGCGGAGCUGCAGAAAGGAGAGCAGCGGAGGAGAGAGGAGCAGAGGGUGGAGGCUCUGCUGGCGUGUGCUCGCACACAGCUGGAGCUGCUGCAAGAUGCCCCGCCCCUCUCUGAUGUCACGGCAAAGCAGGCGGAGUCCUUCCUGAGCCCUUCGGCCUCCAUCGCCGCUCGGGCGAGGGACGCCCACAACGCGGCGCUGCAGGCGAGCCGGCUGCCCUGGUGGAGGAACCUGGGAGAGACGCCUACAGGGGAGGAAACAGGCCACGCCCACCUCCAGGAGCUGGAGGCGGAGUUUGGGGGCCUGUUUAUCGGAGGAGCAGCGACGGUUGAAGGAGGCCCUGAGGUGGAGCUUUAACCAGGGCUGAUCCGAGGGACCUGAUUGGCUACUGUAGGAUCCUCUCUGUGAUUGGAUGAUUCUGAUGAAGCAGGAAACUGUUUCUAAUUCUGUUUAGAAAAUAAUCCUAAUUAUGAAUCUCUGAUUUUAAUGAGAUCUUUUGUAUUA